AUGCCGGUGGUGGCCUGCAACUUCCUGACCCUGGACGCGGUGGAGCCAAAGCGAUGGGGCUUCACAGAGGUGAGGCUCUUUGAGGAGGCGCUUGCGGAGAGAGCACAAGCGCCAGAUGCCCCCAUGUCACGCUUGGUGGAUGACAUUGUCGGAGAGGUGCGCAGGCAAUGCCUAGACUCGCCCACAGCCGGUCUUCGACUGGUGGGGCGGGUCUUGAGCCAUGCUCAGGGUCCCGUCGCGCGAUCCUUUGCGUUGGAUGUGCUUGGGGAGGUUUGCAGCGAGUGGUGGCUGCUCGACGAGGAGGAGCAGCAUGAGCUGUAUGAUGUCAUCGUGCGGGCUCGUGAACUUGAUGUAGGCUGGCGGCUCCAGGUGGACAAAGUCUUGGAGGUCAUCGGCCAGCAGAGCGACCUUUGCCAUCUCAGCCGAUCGCCGUUCCGCUUGCGCCCUGUCAUCUCACGCUCGGGCUUCUCCCAGUCUCAGCCCAACUUGCUCAGGAGCCAGGCGUUGAGCAGUCAACGCACCUCCUCUCGUGGACUCUCCUGGGCUCGUCAGUCCGUGUGGGAACGGGAAAGCAUUCCGAAGGAUCCGCCGAAGAAGCCCAUUCCCUGGUGGCAGCCCAGGCAAGUGCCUUGGCUCACGGGGCAGCCGGCGUUCCCCGGCCAGCAGUUCAAGGCGCCAUGCCCAGCUUUUCGAUCGGUUGGACGUUACUACUUCGAGAACUACCAGCGCUGCCACCCAUCAACCUUCUGA